GGCUAAGCCUGCCAGGGGAGCGGAGUCUGGUGGCGCCUCCUGCUGGGGCCGCUCCAUCGAGCAGCCGGAGGAGGAAAAACCAAGCCCGGCCAGGAUGUGGUUCUUCGCCCGGGACCCGAUCCGCGACUUCCCCUUCGAGAGCGUCGCCCCCCAAGAGCCCCCGCUACAGCCGGGCGGGCCCUGGCAGCUGCACCGCGGCAGGAGGAAGGCUACUGGGGAGCCUGUGUCCCUCUUCGUGUACGACGUGAAGCCGAACUCGGAAGAACACACGCAACUGGCCAAGGCCGCCUUCAAGCACUUGAAGACUCUGCGGCACCCCAACAUCCUGUCCUACAUUGACGGGUUAGAGACGGAGAAAUGUUUGCACGUGGUGACCGAGCCGGUGGUGCCGCUGCGGGCCUAUUUGGAGUCGCGAGGCGAAACGAAGGGUUUGAGCGAUCUGGAAAUCUCAUGGGGUCUCCAUCAGAUAGUGAAAGCCCUCAGCUUCCUGGUGAAUGACUGUCACCUCAUCCACAACAAUGUAUGCGCAGCAGCUGUGUUCGUGGACCGGGCCGGCGAGUGGAAACUGGGUGGUCUGGAUUACAUGUGCUCUGCAGUGGGGGACAGUGCUGUACCUCGGAAGGGGGUCCCCGAGCUGGAGAAAUAUGACCCACCAGAGCUCACAGAAAACAGCAAAGCCCUCGGAGAGAAAUGGUCUGCUGACAUGUGGCGUCUCGGCUGCCUCAUCUGGGAGGUCUUCAGCGGCCCCCUCUCCCGCUCAUCCUCCCUCCGGUCUCUUGGCAAG